AUGAUGCCAACCCCUUCAUCCAUAUUGUUCACCUCAGAGUCUGUCUCGGAGGGACAUCCAGACAAGAUUUGUGACCAAGUGUCAGACGCCGUUCUCGAUGCCUGUUUGGCCCAAGACCCAUACUCCAAGGUUGCUUGUGAGACAUGCGCCAAGACUGGUUUGAUUAUGGUCUUUGGUGAGAUCACAACAAAGGCUGUGAUUGAUUACCAAAAGGUCGUCCGUGACACCAUCAAGAAGAUCGGUUUCGAUGACUCCUCCAAGGGAUUCGACUACAAGACCUGCAACGUGUUGGUGGCCAUCGAGCAGCAGUCACCAGACAUUGCUCAGGGUGUGCACAUCAACAAGAACCCAGAGGAUAUUGGUGCCGGUGACCAGGGACACAUGUUUGGCUAUGCCACCAACGAGACCCCAACCUUCAUGCCACUGACCCAUGCCCUUGCCAGCGAGCUGGUCACCAAGCUGACUGAGCUAAGAAAGGACGGCACCCUUCCAUGGGCCCGCCCAGACGCCAAGACCCAGGUCACCGUCGAGUACUCCAACGAGGACGGUCGCAUGGUUCCACUACGUGUGCACACCAUCGUCAUCUCGACCCAGCACGACGAGCAAGUCACCAACGAGCAGAUCCGCUCUGACCUCAAGGAGAAGGUGAUCAAGGCCGUCAUCCCCGCCAAGUACUUGGACGACCGCACCAUCUACCAUCUCAACCCAUCCGGACGUUUCGUCAUUGGAGGUCCACAGGGAGACGCCGGUCUGACCGGUCGUAAGAUCAUCAUCGACUCAUACGGUGGCUGGGGUGCCCACGGAGGUGGUGCCUUCUCUGGCAAGGACCCAUCCAAGGUUGACCGUUCAGGUGCUUACGCCGCUCGCUGGAUCGCCAAGUCCUUGGUCGCCGCCGGUCUUGCUGACCGUGUGUUGGUGCAGGUGUCCUACGCCAUCGGUGUCGCCACUCCACUCUCUGUCUACGUCGACACAUACGGCACUGGCAAGCGUUCAGACUCUGAGAUCCUGCAGAUUGUCAACAACAACUUUGACCUGCGUCCUGGUGUCCUGUCGCGCGAUCUCCACCUUCUGAGGCCAAUCUACAACAAGACUGCCUCUGGCGGUCACUUUGGUCGUAACGAUCCAGACUUUACCUGGGAGACACCAAAGGCCAUCAAGUUUUGA